AUGCCUGAUCAGUCCUUCCGCCGUUUGCUCCCUGCCCCCAAAUCUGGAUUGCCCCCCGUAUCUCGUGUUCUGCCGCCCACUUCCAAAAAGCGUUCAGAAGCUCUCACCAAGGUAGCCUGCGAACGUUGUCGUUUCAAGAAAAAACGUUGCGAUGGCAAACGACCGAAAUGCACCUCCUGCGUCGACCUCGACGUAGACUGCAAAUAUGAGAGUAUCGACGAGAAGGAGACGCCUGUUAUGGCUCUCAAGCGCGGCAAUCAGGACCUCAAGCGCGAGAACGAAGAACUCAAGAGCGAGAACGAGCAAAUCAAACGCGACUUGGAAGCUUUGCGGGCACUGUUCCCUCGGUCCUUCUUUGCUCAGCAUGAUUCGUUGUCUCCGGAAGCGAAGGCUCUGGCGUUCAAAGAGUUCCGCUUCGCGACUGACCCGAACGUUGCUCUUCGGUCCGUUAUACCCUCAGGACCGGCCCCUCAACAAUUCGUCCCUCAGCUUCGUACAAACUACGAAUUCCAGCUCCACAGAGACUAUCCUGUGGCGUAUCCCCUUCUGGGACAGGGCCAACGGUUCGCCAGCCCGGAAAGCACAGACUCGAGACCGUCCAAAAGAAGCCGCAUAACGGACGUGUCCGACUCGGAGUCAUCGUCCCCAGAACCAAGCUCGAUAUUUAGCCAUGGCUCCGUCGCCGGAUCUUCUUCAGGAGAUGCGACGAACGAGUCCAUGUUGCUGCGCUCGAGCAUCUCUAGCGUCUUUCCGGCCGAGCCCGUUCAGUCACCUAUCCAGACAGAUCCGCGCUUGUUAAACCUUGAUAUCGAAUACUGGACCGUAGUCUCCAUACCGAGUGAUCAUGCUGCGAAGGCCAUCACACUCUACCUCGAGACAGAUCAUGCCAUGCUGGGCUUAUUCGACACCGAGCUGUUCAUACAUGACCUCACUCACUAUCAACAUCGCUUUUGUUCUCCACUGCUAGUCUGCGCUCUUCUUGCAUUCGCCUGUCAAGCCUAUGCCACGUAUCAUCCGUCGGCAUCUGGUUGGAGUCACGAAUUGGAAGCAGAAGCCGGCAGGCUAUGGCGUGCAGAUAGGGAAGACUCGCUGACGACAGUCGCGGCGUUGGCCUUUCUCAUCCAGUCCGUCGGGUGCAAUGGCAACGGCGCACUCGACGUCGAGUACAUCAACGAGACAGCUGCCAUGGCCCGACGUCUGAAACUCUUUGGGACCUCCGACGCGUCGACCUCGGAAGACCUCAAGGAUCUCUCCGAGGAAGACGCCAGGGGGAAAGCCAAGGUUGCCUGGGGUGUCUUCUGCACUCUGAGCAUGGUAGCCCAAUUCUUCCUACCAGCUACCACUGAGUACCCGCCAAAUCUGCCCAUCCCGGGGAAGGAUGUCAAGGGACUGCAAAAUGAAAGUGCGCCCCGUAGCCAUGGCAAUGAUGCUCCGUCUGGGACAUCUUCCCGGAGGAAAAGAGUCGCGGCAUCACCCUUUUCCGAAACCUUCGCAGCAUUCUGCGAGCUCUGGGUGAUUUCGUCCCGCCUGACGUGGUACUACCAGCAUGAAGGACCCGGACGUGCCUCGAGGGCAUUUGCCAUCGAGAAAUACUACAAGCUCUUAACCUGGGCUGCCAAUCUGCCCGAGAGCCUCGUCCGUAGCAAGCAUAGCCCCAGCUACGUGCUCAAUCUUCACAUGUGGUUCCACGGCACCGUCCUCUACCUCUUCAGGCCCUUCAUCCCCAUCGACAAGCAGCACGGCUUCAAGUCCUGGACGCCCUCCGCCGCCCAGGUCCCCGCCAUCUUCGCCGCGUCCCUCGAGCAGCUCAAGGACCUGGUCGACGUCUACAUGUCGCUCCCGUCGCGCACCAACUCGAUCCUCUGGCACACGGCGCUCAUGCACGUGGCCAACGCCGCGGCCAUCGUCUCGAGCGACCCGGAGUGGCGCCACCACUUCCUCAAGUGCAUCUUCGCCUACCUCGGCCUCUACCGCUCCUUCACCGUCGCCGGCGUCAUCGCCAAGGGCCUCGUCGCCAUGGCCGUCAAGAGGGGCGCCCUCGACAACACCGAGGGCCGGUACCUGCUGCAGGAGCUGAAGGCGACCAAGAACCAGCGGGCGCUCGAGACCGCGACGGGGUUCUUCGUGACGGACUUUGAUCUGGCGGUCAUCGAUCCCAAGGCCGCCACGGCGAAUACGCUGAUUAGGGAGUUUGACGACCUGAGUCUGCUGGACGAGUUCACUGUGGGAGUUGUCUGA